AUAAGGGCCUGUGACUCUCUUUUCCCUCCAAACCAAACCAGGCAGAACAAAGAAUAUUGAUUGACAGUCAUCAGCUUGUUCUUCUCCUCUGUGUCAGCCAAUCACCACGUCAGCAAAGAUGGCAUCAGUCUUUCCGUUGGCUUUGUUGCUCUGUUUGUCCAACGGACUGUUGACUGCAUAUGGUCAAGCUUCCUGCCCUACUGGUUGGACUCAGUUUGGCUUUCGCUGUUUCAGUUUCCACCUCGAGGCAAAGAGUUGGAUUGAUGCAGAGACCUUCUGCCAGGCCGCUGGUGGGAAUCUGGCUUCCAUCCACUCAGCUGAGGAAUAUACAUUCAUCAGAAACCACAUUCACCAAGCGACCGGUGCAGACAAACCUGCCUGGAUCGGCGGCUUUGAUGCAGUGCAUGAGGGUACGUGGAUGUGGGCCGAUGGAUCCAAAUUCAACUACCAAAGCUUCUAUGCGGGGGAGCCUAACGGCGGUGUAGCGGAGAACUGUCUUGUGAUGAACUUUAAUGGACAGUGGAACGAUGUGGGUUGUAUCUACACGGCUUCUUUCGUGUGCUCCAAGAACAUUUGUGUGUAACUCUACCACACCAUCAUGAUGCCUCUACAGCUCAUCUCUAAUCUCUAUCGUUGAUUCACUUUCAGUUUGUUCAGCAGACAGAAACAGCUCUCUGCUGACAGAUGACUCACUUUCACUUGUUUAUUAUCUGAAGUUAAGGAACACUUCAAAUUUGUGUUUAAAAUUAGACAGAAACUGGCUCACUGAGCUGGACAAAAACAAAUCAGUAAAUGGACUUUUAAUGUAUAGUAAAUAACACAAUAUGAAAUACAGAAAACAUUUGAAUACUCACACAUCUUUUCCAUUUUAGUUUACUGAAUAUUGUCUGAUAUAAACAGUGCCCACUCAUCUGAUAAAAUAUUAACAUACUAAUUAGAUUUCUCUCUGAGAAUUCAGAUCGAUACAACUCUCAUGUGUGUACGCUAAAUAUGAAGUUCCCUCAAACAGACGUUAGCUUAGCAUAAAGACUGGAAACAGGGAAAAACAGCUAUCUUAGCUUAGCAUAAAGACUGGAAACAGGGGGAAACAGCCAGCUUAGCUUAGCAUAAAGUCUUGAAACAGGGGGAAACAGCUAUCUUAGCUUAGCAUAAAGUCUUGAAACAGGGGGAAACAGCUAGCUUAGCUUAGCAUAAAGACUGGAAACAGGGGGAAACAGCUGUCUUAGCUUAGCAAAAGACUGGAAACCAGAUAGAAAAUAUAAGUGUAUAUUUUGUCGGACCUUUCUGUGAUACAAGGGGAGAAUGCAACUGUAGCAACACUUCAUAAUAACUAUUAAUUAUUCAUAUAGUCCACUGUUUUAUGAACUGGUUACUUUUUAUUCUUAAAACUGAUGUGUUGUGUUCUUUAUUCAGCUAAUUUCCUUUACUAUAUAAUCAAGUAAACAUUCAAAAAUAAAAGACAUAUUGUCAA